AAAAAGAAAUUGUUUUAACAAAUACUUUCUCACCAACCAAAGUCAGGAGGUUCAGUCGAUAAAAUAGAUAUGUGAUGGCUUAUGACAGUUGGCCUAGACUAUAUCCCCAAAAAUAUGUUGAUAGCGGAAAAAUAAUGCCUGCAAACUGAGUCAAACAAUUGUUCUACAACUAUCAUAUCAUGCCUCUACAUUGAAAGGUAGAUAUCAUGUGCUGUCAAUGUGGUAAUGAAGACAACCAAUGGGAUACUUGUUGACAUGGCCCAACCGACAAGAUCCUGAUGCAACAGGAUUGGUGGGCCAGUAGUGUUUGCUCCAGAAGUGUUUGCUCUCCAUACAGGACUCUAAACUGAUAGACGUCUAACUACGGGACAGACAAAACAUUUAUGUUGGCUUCCAGCUCUGAUCAAACACUGACAGCCUCAGCCCACUUCAAAAACAACAUGAGAGUGCAUUCAGAGAUCAUGCUUAGUUUAUAAGUAUUACUAGUGUUAUAUAAAUAGAUGUACAUAGUCAUCAACAUUGAGUGUACAAAACAUUGGGGACACCUGCUCUUUCCAUGACAGACUGAGCAGGUGAAUCCAGGUGAAAAUCUAGGUGAAAGCUAUGAUCCCUUAUUGAUGUCACUUGUUAAAUCCACUUCAAUCCGUGUAGAUGAAGGGUAAUAGACAGGUUGAAGAAGGAGUUUUAAACAUUGAGACAUGGAUUGUGUGUGUGUGUCAUUCAGAGGGUGAAUGGGCAAGACAAAAUAUUUAAGUGCCUUUGAACGGGGUAUGGUAGUAGGUGCCAGGCGCACUGGUUUGUGUCAAGAACUAUAACGCUGCUGGGGUUUUCACGCUCAACAGUUUCCCGUGUGUAUCAAGAAUGGUCCACCACCCAAAAGACAUCUAGCUAACUUGACACAACUGUGGGAAGUAUUGGAGUCAUGGGCCAGCAUCCCUGUGAAACGCUUCCGACACCUUGUAGAGUCCAUGCCCCGAUGAAUUGAGGCUAUUCUGAGGGUAAAAGGGCAUGCAACUUAAUAUUAGGAAGGUGUUCUUAAUGUUUUGUACACUCAGUGUAGCAUGUUGUGUAUGUAGUCAUAAUUGGAACUCAAACUGCCUAUUCUAUGGAAAGGACAUUCAUACAAGGCAUGUUGUAAUGCUGAUCUCACAUGAGGUGCAGAAAUAACUUAAUAAUUUACUGUCCCACUUGUUCAAUGAUCACAAGACAUGGUGUGAGACCUAUGAAACCCUAAGGGAAAGAAAAGUCAUGGACACAUAGCUAACAUUAAUCCUGAAGUGAGCCAAUGCUUUUCUCAUUUUAUCAUUACUUUAUGUAUAGGUUGUUGAUCAUGCAUAUGGCCAAAACUAUGUGGACACCCCUUCAAAUUAGUGGAUGUGGUUAUUUUAGUCACACACACGUUGCUGACAGGUGUAUAAAAUUGAGCACACAGCCAUGCAAUCUCCAUAGACAAACAUGGCAGUAGAAUGGCCCGUACUGAAGAGCUCAGUGACUUUCAACGUGGCAUGGUCAUAUGAUGCCACCUUUCCAACAAGUCAGUUCAUCAAAUGUCAGCCCUGCUACAGCUGCCCGUCAACUGUAAGUGUUGUUAUUGUGAAAUGGAAACGUCUAGGUGCAACAACGGUAUGUAUAUACAUAUGUUAUUGAACAUUUUUCUUCAGUUUUGCUAAAAACGCUCAGGCCCGCAUGCCGCCUGUUGCCGACCCCUGGACUAGAGUGACAGACCAUCGAAGACGUACAGUAGAGGGGAGUGUCCCCGUUCCAGGUGAGCAUUUGUUGUGUCUUCUAUAGGAGCUACAAUAUCGGUGUCAAUGAGUGCAGCUACAAGGCAUUAUUCCUAUACUAACAAGCCUACUUUACAUGCGCGCGUAAAACCUGUCCUUUAGAAUUGCGUUGAUCCGGUUUCCCUACAUUAGCUCUUGAUAAAAGGCAAACGGCAUGUAGGGCCUCCCUGUUGCCAUCGCUCUGUUUGUAUGGAUAUAAACAGAAACAGUUGGAGUUUUUUUCUCUCUCUUUUUCAGCCCUGUACUCUCUUUGCUAUCGUCAUGAACUGCACCUUCUUUUUUUCUAGCAGCGCGCGCAGUGUUGUUCCUGUCCUGCCUGGCUGUUGCUCGGCAACACGAAGGCGUGUCCACCAGCGAUGAUUUAAGCGGUAGGAAACCCUUGCUCGCUGUCACUUUGUCAGUUCAGUCUGUUCUCUAGUCCCUGCAUGGAAGUGGAAUUGCUAGGGAGACGAGGGAAUCCCCCUAUAGUGUCGCCUCACUCCUGAUGAAUUUGCAUCAACGUUACCAAGCUUGGUUUUAUCCGUCUCAGUCUGCCUGUUCCAUUCGCUGCGUCCACAAGCAUGGCUUGGAGUGAAGUAUAGCGCCACAUCAUCUCGGACUGUCAACCCGUGAAGAAUACACAACUGAUGCUGUACAACAAACGGUGUAUUUUACAGAAGAAAUUCAUCAGAGGAACCAGGCAACCACCAAGUGACUUCGACAAUAUGGCAUUGAGCGGGACGCUGUUGCCAUCCAUAUCCACAUUUGCAAGCGGCCCGAAUGGCAAGAAUAAAUCCAUGGGACAUGCGAAUUUGAGAUGGAAGGAGGAUAUCUCCACUGGCAUGACCAAGAAAGAGCCUGAAGAUCUGGACCUACUAGACUAUGACUUCAUCCUGUCCAACACUAUGCUACAACAGCAGGCUGAGGCCAUGGCAGCAAGCGGGUCCCAGAACCUGUCCCCUUCCCCGGGCUCCUACUCCUCCUACCAGCUUCCCUCUCCCCAGGACUCUGCCCACAGUGACAUGCUGUACACCAUCCCUGACAUCAGCGACGUGUCCCCCACUGGGGGGUUCGUGGCCGAACUGAUGAGGCCUGAACUGGACCCAGCAUACCUCCACCCCACCAGCCUCCAUGGCAAGUUUGUGGUGAAGACCACCAUGGAUAUGGCAGAAUACGGCCAAAGCAUUAAUGUGAUUAGUAAGACCGGUGUUGGUGUCAGUGCUGCCACGGACCCCUCCUCCUUGCCGUUUGUUUGUCAUAUGAUAAAGCAGGAGAACCCCAGCAUGUGCAACAUCACCCAACCCAUGGAUCUCCACCUUCGGGGGGUGAACUCACACUCCCAGCCCAGAACUGGACAGAGGCCUCACCUCGACCCCCACGGUUUCUCCCCAGGGGGGCGUCCUAUGACAGCCAGCCGAUCAGCCUCAUCUCUGUCUCCAGACCACCACCCUUCCAGCCAGGUGUUACCCCACCCCCAGAUCCCUCUGCCUGGCCAGGGCUACCACCACAGCUCUCCGACAGGCUACUCGCCCUUCCCUCAACAGCCUGGGUCUCUACGGUACCAAGAGCUUAUGUCCCCGGGCGGAGACUGUCUACCGGAGGAGCCCAAACCCAAACGCGGCCGGCGCUCCUGGCCCAGGAAGAGAAUCGCCACACACACGUGUGACUACGCCGGCUGUGGGAAAACAUACACCAAGAGCUCCCACCUCAAAGCACAUCACCGAACGCACACAGGAGAGAAGCCUUAUUGCUGUGACUGGGAGGGCUGCGGCUGGAAGUUUGCCCGUUCAGACGAGCUCACACGGCACUACAGGAAACACACCGGGCAUCGCCCCUUCCAGUGUGCCAAGUGUGACAGGGCCUUCUCAAGGUCUGACCACUUGGCUCUACACAUGAAGAGACACCUAUGAGACACUCACUGGACACCAUGGACCAAGACUAAAAUACUAUAAAUAUUAUUACACAGCGACCUGAACUUGUGACUUACAAAAAAAACAUUGCCUUCUAGCCAUCCAUUGUCAAAGCACCAAUACAAGCUGUGUGUUUCCUGGUAGUGUUACACUCUCAAGGGUCCAACCCUAUGACUAAAGACUGUUCUUUGUCCAUCUAUGGGCUUGUGAUCUGACAUUUGACAAGACCCCUCAGAACAACCUCUUUUGUGGGACCAAACUGGAAUUGCUCAUCUAUUUAUCGACAAAACCUGGAGGACUAGGUGCCAACGUAUGACUGGAAAUGUAUUAACAGAGAUUUACAGGGACAGCCCUAGCCACUAAGCGACCGCCGUUUUUAAAAAAUUGUCUGAAGAUUAUGAUCAUUUUUCCUAAAAUGUAAAUUGCCUUUCACAUUCUAACGGGGGAGGAAUCAGAAAGAUCACUACUGGAAUUAUUUGCAUUAUAAGUCAAAACUUUCUCAGAGCAAGCUCAACUUGCCCGACUGCUAUAAAUGCCAUACAUUAUCUGUCUUUCAGUCAAAUAAUGGGGAGGAACCAGAAAGAUCAGUUUCAGGCUACUGGAAGUCUUAGCAGUUUGGUUGUUUUCACUGCAACAAUGGGUCAACCUCAGAGCAGGCUCAACUUGCGCGACUGUUCAGUUCACUUGACCCUGGCCCUUAAUGUCAUUCCCUGUAUUGGUUAUCAGGGAAACAAGAGACUCAGACUGAACACAGAAGUGACAGAAACACAUCCUAAGAGGCCUUCUAUCUAUUCAAUCAGAAACAGUCCAUUUGUCUUUGUUUGUGAAGUUCAUACUGUUCAACAUACUGUAUUAGACAUUUAUAUUUAUAUUACUCUAUUCUUCCAAGCCAUUGACUUCAGGUACACAUUAAAUGUAUAUGUUACAGGAUGGUGCUCCAACACUUUACUAUAUUAAAAGGUACCAAAGAAUUUGAAACAGAAAACUGAUAAGAGUAUCAGUGUGGUGGUCUUGUCUGUCUUUUCUUCCACAAUUUGACUUUAAUCAGGUGAAUUACUUUGCUCCUCAUUGGUGAUGGCAAUCUCUCAACACGCUGUGGUCGCAAAGUGCAAUAAUGUUAAAUGAGACAUUCAUAUUAUUUUUUUAAAGAAAUGAGUAACUCUGAACAAAGUUUUUUUUGUUUAUAGACAAAAUAUGUUAUAUAAUCUUAAAUGUUGUACAUUUGUAAAUAAAAUGCUUUUAAAUGUUUUGUAUUGUCUUUUACAACAUAAAGAAUAAAAUAUAUUUGAAAUUAA